GAGAGAGAGAGCAAAAACUAUGAGAACCCCCCCACCCUGUGAUUAUCAGCGCACACACUCAUCGAAAAAAAAAAUUGGAUUAUUAGAAGAAAGGUCUGUGGCUUCUACGCCGUGGUUUUUCUUCUCGGUAUAAAAGCAAAGUUGUUUUUGAUAUGUGACAGUUUCCCACAAGCCAGGCUGAUCCUUUUCUGUCAGUCCACUUCACAAAGCCUGCCCUUGGACAAGGACCCAAUGCCCAAUCCCAGGCCAACCAAGUCCUCGGCUACUUCCUUAGCCCUCAGCCCAUCACCAGGAACCUCACCCAGCUGGAGGGCUGCACCCAAGGCCUCAGACCUGCUGGGGACCAGAGGCCCAGGGGGAACCUUUCAGGGCCGGGACCUCCGAGGCGGGGCCCAUGCCACUGCCACCUCCUCCUCCUCUUCUUCCUCCUCCUCCUCAAACCCCAUGCCACCAUCACAGCUGCAGCUUCCCACAGUGCCCCUAGUCAUGGUGGCACCGUCCGGGGCACGGCUGGGCACCUCACCCCACUUGCAGGCACUCCUCCAGGACAGACCGCACUUCAUGCACCAGCUGUCAACGGUGGAUGCCCACACUCGGACCCCCGUGCUACAGAUGCGCUCGCUGGAUACCCCAGCCACAAUCAGCCUCCCGCCACCCACUGCUGCCGCCGGAGUCUUCUCCCUCAAGGCCCGGACUGGCCUGCCACCUGGGAUCAAUGUGGCCAGCUUGGAGUGGGUGUCCAGGGAACCAGCACUGCUCUGCACCUUCCCAAGCCCCACUGCACCCAGGAAAGACAGCACCCUUUCAGUCUUGCCCCAGGGCUCCUACCCACUGCUGGCAAAUGGCAUCUGCAAGUGGCCUGGAUGUGAGAAGGUCUUCAAGGAACCAGAGGACUUCCUCAAGCAUUGCCAGGCAGACCACCUCCUGGAUGAAAAGGGCAGGGCACAGUGUCUCCUCCAGAGAGAGGUGGUACAGUCUCUGGAGCAGCAGCUGAUGCUGGAGAAGGAGAAGCUGGGCGCGAUGCAAGCCCACCUGGCUGGGAAGAUGGCACUGACCAAGGCUCCAUCUGCGGCAUCAUCUGACAAGGGCUCCUGCUGCCUCAUGACUGCUGGCACUCAAGGAGGCGUUGUCCCAGCCUGGCCAGGUCCACGGGAGGCCCCUGACAGCCUGUUUGCUGUGCGGAGGCACCUCUGGGGCAGCCAUGGAAACAGUACAUUCCCAGAGUUCUUUCACAAUAUGGACUACUUCAAGUUCCACAACAUGCGGCCUCCUUUCACCUAUGCCACCCUCAUCCGCUGGGCCAUCCUGGAGGCUCCAGAGAAGCAGCGGACCCUCAAUGAGAUCUACCACUGGUUCACACGCAUGUUCGCCUUCUUCAGAAACCAUCCUGCCACAUGGAAGAAUGCCAUCCGUCACAACCUGAGCCUGCACAAGUGCUUCGUGCGGGUGGAGAGCGAGAAGGGAGCUGUGUGGACCGUGGAUGAGUUUGAGUUCCGCAAGAAAAGGAGCCAGCGGCCCAGCAGAGGCUCCAACCCUGCACCCAGCCCCUAACCUCAAAACCAAGGAAAGAAGGAU